CCCCCGCUCUCCGCAGUCCGGCGCAGCCCCGGCCGGGAGAAGAUGGCGGAUCGAGCCGAGAUGUUCUCGCUUUCCACCUUCCACUCGCUGUCCCCCCCCGGCUGCAGGCCCCCCCAGGACAUCAGCCUGGAGGAGUUUGAUGACGAAGACCUGUCAGAGAUCACAGAUGACUGCGGCAUCGGCCUCAACUACGACUCGGACCACUAUGAAAAGGACUGUCUGGUGCUGGAGCGCGGGGAGCAGCCGCACCCGGUCUGCACCUUCCAGGAGGACUUCCAGGAGUUUGAGAUGAUCGAUGACAAUGAGGAGGAGGAGGAGGAGGAGGAGGAGGAAGAAGGCAACGAUGCUCCCCCAUCCCCUUCAGCCUCACCGGUGCCCUCACCUGUUCUGGAGGAGACCCAGAAGCUGCGACCUACCACCCUCAACCUUACUGCCCCGGGCACCCAGGACUCCCUGAACAACAACGGCAGCUUCCCCGUGCCCACUCAUUGCACCACCUGGCAGGAUGCCCUUCGCAACUCCUCCUCCUCCUGCUCCACUUCCUCACACACCGGACACUCGUCGCCCCACGCCUGCAUCCAGGAUGGCCCCUGUCUGGAGACGCCCCCUGGGCUGCCCCCCGCCUCGCUGCCGCCCUCCUGCCCCUUUGACUCGCAGGGCAACAGCCCCGGGUGGCUGGCACAUGGUAACCCCUCGCCCCCGGGCAGCGGGCAAGAUUUGAACAUGAACCUCAUCUCCUCUGCGCUCCAAGCUCCACACGCCCCUGCCCGUCCCUGCCCGCUGCCCCCUCACCCCUCUCUCUCUCCAACAGGGCCCGCGGCACCUCCCGGCCACGCCGCCGGCCCCGAUGCCACCUCGUCACCCGCACCCGCCGCCGGGCACCGUGCCACGCCCAGGCGCGAAGCGAGGCCCGGCCAAGGAGGUGGCACGGGGACCGGGAGCCCGGGGUCCCCCGCAGCCCACCGCGAGCAGCCCGGCUCCCCUCCAGACCCGGAGGAGCCGGCGGCCCUGGCCCUCACCCAGCGGCCGUCACCCAGGGGCACCUACCUGUGCCCCGCGGAGUCGCUGAGCUCCGACGGGGAGGGCACCCAGCCCGGGCGGGCAGUCAGCGUGCGCGGGCACCCCUCGGGCUCCUCGGAGACCACCUCGCCCUCCUCGGACCCUGGCAUCGAGGCCGACCUGACCAGCAGGACCGGCAAAGGCUUCGUGCCCGGCGGGCGGCACGGGGAGGACCUGAGCUCACCCGGCUCCGACUCGGAGGUGGAGGGGGAGAUCGCGGCGGCCUUCGGCGGCGGGCACCUGGUCAGCAACAUGAUCUCCUCCAUCUCCGAGACCGAGCUGGACCUCAGCAGCGCCAGCAGCAGCGGCAGGUCCUCCCACCUCACCAACUCCAUCGAGGAGGCCAGCUCCCCCGCCUCCGACAUGGAGCCCGAGCUGGAGGUGCCCGGCCUGAUGGGCAUCAAGGACGCCCUGCUGCUGGAUAAGGGCAAGGAGCAGGAGGAGGAGGAGGUGGUGGUGGAGGAGAAGCCGGAGAGGGAGGUGGUGAGGAGGGAGAGCUUGGCGGAGCUGAAGAUAGAGGGUUACUACGACAGCCUCAGCCCCGUUGACCCCUGCGCCGUGCCCGCCGGGCAGACGGACGCCUCCAGCCCCCUGGACCUGAAGAUCGACCCGGACCACGGCUUGGAGAGCAUCCGGCGCUCCUUCUACCUGCCCGUGGGGCCCAAGCUGCUGCCCGAGGCGGACGAGGAGGACAACAGCGACUUCGAGUCGGACUCGGAGUCGGAGCCGGACCUGAGCGAGGACUCGGACUCGCCCUGGCUGCUCAGCAACCUGGUGAACAAGAUGAUAUCGGAGGGUUCCUACCCCAUCAAGUGCCCGGACGAGUGCUUCCAGCAGGGCCACUCGCUCUGUGACACCAUCUCGCCAGCCUCAGACCUGGAGCCCGAGAUCCUGAGCGAGGCGCUGGAGCCUGGCACGCCUCCCUCGCCGCUGGGCACGGGCGAGCCGGGCGCCCUGCCCCGUGCCAUCGAGCUGGUGGACAUGGAGACACUGCGCAGCUCCCUGCGGGAGGACGGGGAGGCGGGCACCGAGCCGCUGCCCGAGCUGCCCAGCGAUGAGCCGGGUCCUUUCCUCUUCAUGAGCAACCCCACCAACGACACCAUCGCGCCCGUUACCAUCGACCGGCUGGGCACCACCGAGGUCCUGGCCAGCUUCGGCUGCCGCCCCGCCCCGCCCCGCGGCUCCCCUGGCAGCCAGCCUGGCGUCGGGGAGCACCGCAGCGCCGCGGCGCCGCCGGGCACCGGCCCCCAGGGCUGGGCCGUCGACAGGGACCUGGACUCGGGCGUCCUGGAGGCCGAUGCCAUGAUCGAUGACGUUCGGUUAGCUCCGCCGGGGCCCGAUGCCGUCUCGCCCGUUCUGGACGUCUCCACCGCCAAGACCAACCGCGGGUUCACCAUGGCCUUCUCCAGCCAGCAGCAAGAGGAGGAGGAGGAGCUGCCCUACCUGAAGGGUUCCCCAUUUCCCGAGGAGCAGCUGCAGGGAGGUUUCGGGGGGCCGGCAGCUGGCACCCCCGGGCUGGCAGAGCCGCGGGCACGGGACGAGUCGCUGGCCUACGACGCUCUGAAGUACACGCUGGUGGUGGACGAGCACACCCAGCUGGAGCUGGUCAGCCUGCGGCGCUGCACCUCGGUGCUGAGCGACGACAGCGACCUGCUGCCCGCCGGCGAUGACGGCGACGGGCACGGGCUGGGCGCCCCCGACUCCCACAGCUCCUCCGAGGACUCAUCCCCGGAGGCCGACCUCCACUUCUCCAAGAAGUUCCUCAACGUCUUCGUCAACAGCACCUCACGCUCCUCUAGCACAGAGUCCUUUGGGCUGUUCUCCUGCAUGGUCAAUGGGGAGGAGCGGGAGCAGACCCACCGCGCUGUCUUCAGGUUCAUCCCUCGCCACGAGGAUGAGCUGGAGCUAGAUGUGGAUGACCCCAUCCUGGUGGAGCUGGAGGAGGAUGACUACUGGUACCGGGGCUACAACAUGCGGACAGGGGAGCGCGGCAUCUUCCCAGCCUUCUACGCCCACGAGGUGGUUGGCCAAGCCAGGGACACCAUCGGUCUGAAGAGGAAUCCAUGCUGGGUGGAGAGGUUCAACGUCCAGUUCCUGGGCUCAGUGGAGGUCCCGUACCACCAAGGCAAUGGCAUCCUCUGUGCAGCCAUGCAGAAGAUUGCCACCACCAGGAAGCUGACGGUGCACCUGCGCCCGCCGGCCAGCUGCGACCUGGAGAUCACGCUGCAGGGCAUCAAGCUGAUCCUCACCGUCACAGAGUACAGCCAGGACGAGGAGUUCGAGCGGUGCAGCCACUUCUUCCAGAUGAAGAACAUCUCCUUCUGUGGGUGCCACCCACGGAACAGCUGCUACUUUGGGUUCAUCACCAAGCACCCAGUGCUGAGCCGCUUCGCCUGCCACGUCUUCGUCUCACAGGAGUCCAUGCGGCACGUGGCCGAGUGUGUCGGCCGAGCCUUUCAGGAAUACUACCAGGAGCACCUGGAAUAUGCCUGCCCCACAGAGGACAUUUACCUGGAAUAGGAGGGGGCAGCGCUGCCCAGUGCCCCCCCAGAGACUCUGAGUCCUCUCUGCCAGCCGGCUUGGCCCCCCCCGCCCCCCUGCUCCAGCCCCACCAGAGUCCCCCCCAGGCACACCCUCACUGCUGCUUCUUUUUGGGGGGGGAGGGGGGCCGGGGGCCACCCCCACAGCCAUGGACCCUGUGGGUGGGUCCUGGGUUCCCCCAGCCCUGGGGGGUGACAUAGCCGAGCCUAAAGGGGGGGGGGGGGGGGGGGGGGGGCUGGGGGAGAAGCUUCCCCUCCCCUGCAUGAGCAAAGCCAGCCCAGGAGCCCACCCCACUCCUGCAGGGGGCAGAGGUCAAAUGGGGGGCACACAUCAGCUGGGGAGUGGGGACUCAGGGAGGGGUGGUGGGACUGGGGAAGGCCUUGGGGGGCUGAUGGCUGCAGGGGGAGGGGGGUGCUGGGGUGAGCACUCCCAGCCAUGACACCCUCUCUGUGCUGUCCCCCACCUUGCAUAGCAGCAGCACCACCCCCCAGCCUUCUGGGGGGCCCCUACCCCAUAUCUGCAGCCCCCCCCCCACCCUGGAAAGCCUACGUGCCCCAGGGAGGCUCCCUGGACUCCGAGCCUGCCAGCAGCUCCUGGCCCCUGCCCUGUCCCCAGCCCCUGCACCACCACUGCUCUGCCACCUUUUCCUGCCCUGGGGGGGUCCAUGGUGGCCAUGGGAGCACCCUGACCUGAGGCCAGGCUGGCCAUGGUGGCAUGGGGCCACAUUGGCAAUGGGACCACACCAAAGUGAAGCCACACAAGCCCUGCUGGCCAUGAGGCCAUGCUGGCUGUGGAGACGUGGUGGCCACAACACCACAGGAUCAUGCUGACCAUGGGGCUGUGGGGGCCAUGGUGGCCAUGGAGACAUAGUGGCCAUAAGGGCUUGAGACCACACUGGCCAUAGAAUGAUGCUGGCCAUGAAGCCAUGGUGACCAGGAUGUCCUGGUGGCCACAGGGUUGUGGUGCCCAUGGGAACACAGUGGCCAUGAAGCCAUGGUGACCAGGGAGUCCCGGUGGCCGUGGGAUCAUGGUGACCAUGGGACCAUGCUGACUACGAGGCCAUGGUGGCCAUGGAGCUAUGGUGGCCAUUGAGCCAUGGUGACCCUAGCAUCAUGCAGACCAUGGGAUCACAUUGGCCAUGAGGCCAUGGUGGUCACAGGAUCAGGCUGACCAUGAGGCCAUGGAGCCAUGGUGAGCAUAGGACCAUGCUGACCAUGGGACCAAGCUGACCACGAGGCCAUGGUGGCCAUAAAGACAUGAUAGCCAUGGAGCCAGGGUGACCAUGAGAUGCAGGACCCAUACUCGGCUGGGGCGGGGUCGGGGGGCUCCCCACAGUGCAGAGGGGACACACAGACAGUGCCACCAGCCCCACGGGACCCCCCCCGCCCCCAGCCUGGCUGUGUUUGCCCUGCGGAGGGAGGCCUGGCGGUGGCCUGGGCAGGGGCCAUCCCCUCUCUGGGCUGCUGGCCCCGGUGGCCUCCUCUGCUUGCCGGCCCCGUGCCUCACCCCGUGCCUCGCCCCGUGCCCGUGUCGUGCCCGCACCGCCACCCGCCGCACCCCGGUAUUUAUCUGGCACCCAACCGACACCAGGACCCCCCCCCCAACCCCCCAGCAGCUGCCACUUGUACAAACCCCGGUGCCCGGUUCUGCCCCCUCGCUGCCACCUCAUCACCCACCUGGUCUUUCAAUAAAAUAUAUGCUUGGUGUGA